GGAUUUGGCUGGCCGCAGCAGAGCGCAGCAGCUCCACACUAGUAUUCUGCAAACCGUGAGUUAUUUGGCCUUCAGAAAACCCUCUAAAGAAUCCUUCCGUUUCAGUUCAUCAGGGAACAAUGGAGGACGGCAACUCCGACUCCGACGUCAUCGAGAUUUCCCCGCCCUCCCUCCCGCCUUCCCACUUGGCCAGGAAGAGAAAACGUCAACAGGCUGUGCUCCUUGAAAUCAUUGAUGUCGAUGACGAAGAUGAUGUUGUGAUCCUGAAUGAGAAGGAUGAAGUUCGCAGGAAGUUCGCCCUUGACAAAGGGAAAGCUAUCAGGGACGAUGAUAACGCUGUCAAUCUUGUUGAAAAUGAGGCCCUAGAUACAAGCUUGUGGAAUCUUGAUGGAAAGGAAGACACAUUUUUCUAUCCCACUGAUUUUGCUUCUCUACAAUCAUCACAUCCGAGUCUCCCGGCAACUGGAGUUGAGGCAAGCCAACCGAAUACGAAGAAUUCGCGGGGUUCAAAAUCAAGACAGAAACUACUUGGCAGUACCAAAUCCCUGGUCAAAUCUGCCAGCAAACAGAGUUUUCCAAUGAUGAGUACUAGUGCAGGACUUCGUCGACUGAAUAUGGACUGUAAGGAAAUUUUAAGGAAAUGGAAGCUCUUCAAGCAUUUCGAUAUUGUUGAAGACUAUUCAGACCAUUACUACAGUUGCAGCCGGUCUUCAUCGGAACAGAGGAAUGAGAAGAAGUGGGCAAAAGCAAUUCAAGACGAGUGGAAAAGGCUCAAGAAAGAUUUGCCAGAUACGACGAUAUAUGUGAGGGCGUACGAGUCGAGGAUGGACCUGCUGAGGGCUGUGAUUGUUGGGGUAGACGGAACUCCUUACCACGACGGCCUCUUCUUCUUCGACCUGUUCUUCCCUAACCUCUAUCCAGAUGUUCCACCGGAAGUCCACCUCGAUGAUGAAGAUUCUCUCUUGUUGAACCCAAUUUUCAACCACGGAUACGUGUGCCUCAGCCUUCUCGAUCGAGGAAUCGGUGGUAUCGACGAGUUCGAGAAUUGGCAGCCUGGGGUUUCAAGUGUGAUGCAGAUUCUGCUUUCGUUGCAGGCAUUGGUAUUGUGCGAAAAACCCGUCUACACUGAUAGUUCUGAUGAUAUGAUGGACGAUGAGGUUAUGAUGGACGAUGAUGAUAUAACGGACGACGACGAGGAUACAAUGAUGGGCAACUUGAUCACCACCACCAGAUUCCGCCGAAAAAAAGAAGGGAGAAAGGAAAAAAAAGAGUGCAUCUACUCACUGCAUUACAGCGAGACUGUAUUCCUCGAAUCGCUCCGGCUAAUGGUUCGUACAAUGAGGAAGCCACCAAAAAAUUUCAAGGAGUUUGUGAGGGGACAUUUCCACAGUCGGGCCAAGGGGAUCGUGGCGGCGUGCAAAGCGUACAUGUCCGGCGUUCAAGUCGGCCGGUGGUGUGUGGUGAAGAACGGCGAGGGCGGCGCCCGCGGAGGAGUUGGAUCGGCCGGUAAGAGUUGCCGGCCGGAGUUUAGGGAUUCCUUAGCUAAAGGAAUGGACGAGCUGAAGAAAGCGCUUACCAAGAUUGGAGUACAGAACUUGGAUUAAUUUUCUUUACAUUUGCAUAUGAAAAUCAGUUUGAUGAUUAUGUUAUACACUACCAUAGUUCACCAUUUUUUUUUAAACCAAAAUAACAGUUUGUGCCUAGACCAAACAUAUAGAGUCAGGCGAACGAGAAUGUUGGAAAAAAGGCGCAUUUCGGAAACUAAAGGGACAAAUGAAGCUGUGUAACCUCCAACCCGAUCUAACCUUGGAUGUGUGUAGCCCGCUUUUCUCAUUGCGUAAAUAUCAAAACAGGUUAACUCUCGAGUUUUAAACCUUGAUAUUCAUAUGCAACUAGAAAGUGUAACAAUGAAGGUGACAUGAUGUCUUACAUUGGGUUUCACCUCAACCAGUUGGACUCAACUA